AUGGAGAAGCCACCGUCGCGUCUGUUGCUUCCUUCGCUUGUACUGCUUUUCUUCAUCUACGGCGUUGCUCCGGUGAUAUCCGACGGCUCCGAUCACCGUUACAAAGUCGGUGACGAUGUUCCUCUUUAUGCCAACAAAGUCGGGCCGUUUCACAAUCCGAGUGAAACAUACCGAUACUUUGAUCUACCAUUCUGUUCAUCAGCUCCGGUUAAGGAAAAGAAGGAAGCUCUUGGGGAAGUUCUGAAUGGAGAUCGGUUAGUCAGUGCACCAUACAAGCUUGAAUUUUUGGGUGAGAAGAACUCUGAAGUUGCAUGCAGAAAGAGGUUGAGCAGAGAAAACGUUGCUAAGUUUCGAGAUGUGAUCUCGAGAGACUACUACUUUCAGAUGUAUUAUGAUGACUUGCCCAUCUGGGGAUUCCUGGGGAAAGUUGUCAAGGAUGGAAUAUCUGACCCGUCCGAGUACAAAUACUUUCUCUUCAACCACCUUCAGUUUGAGAUUUUCUAUAACAAGGACCGUGUUAUUGAAAUCAUUGUGAGAACAGACCAGAACUUCCUUGUGGACUUGACCGAGGACAAGGAAGUCGAAGUGGAUUUCACGUACACAGUUCGGUGGAAGGAAACAGAGAUUCCAUUCGAGAAGAGGAUGGAGAAAUACUCACUGGCUUCCUCAAUGCCGCAUCACUUGGAAAUCCACUGGUUCUCGAUCAUUAACUCAUGUGUCACAGUUCUUCUCUUGACUGGCUUCCUUGCUACUAUACUCAUGCGAGUAUUGAAGAAUGAUUUUGUCAAGUAUGCACAUGAUGAAGAGGCAGCUGAAGACCAAGAAGAGAGUGGGUGGAAAUUGAUCCAUGGUGAUGUAUUUAGGUUCCCAAAACACAAAUCCCUGCUGGCUGCAGCUCUUGGUUCUGGCACACAACUGUUUACACUAGCUGUUUUCAUCUUUAUGCUUGCGUUAGUCGGUGUCUUUUAUCCCUACAAUCGUGGAGCAUUGUUUACUGCAUUGGUCGUCAUAUAUGCACUCACUUCAGGGAUUGCUGGAUAUACUGCUUCUUCUUUCUAUUGCCAACUAGAAGGAACUAAUUGGGUUAGGAACGUUAUGCUGACUGGAAGUCUCUUCUGUGGACCUCUUUUACUCACUUUCUCCUUCCUUAACACCGUGGCGAUUGCUUACCAAGCCACUGCAGCGUUGCCAUUCGGGACAAUUGUGGUCAUUUUCCUUAUAUGGGCGCUGGUUACUUCACCGUUGUUAAUAUUGGGAGGCAUCGCCGGUAAAAACAGAAAAUCCGAGUUCCAAGCUCCUUGCCGUACCACAAAGUAUCCAAGAGAGAUCCCACCAAUGCGCUGGUACCGGAGAACACUUCCGCAGAUGGCUAUGGCUGGUUUCUUGCCCUUCAGUGCCAUUUACAUUGAGCUUUAUUACAUAUUUGCCAGUGUUUGGGGUCACAGAAUAUACACCAUCUACAGUAUUCUCUCCAUCGUCUUCCUUAUUCUCAUCAUCGUCACUGCUUUCAUCACGGUCGCUUUGACAUACUUCCAACUUGCUGCCGAAGACCAUGAAUGGUGGUGGAGAUCAUUGCUGUGUGGUGGAUCAACGGGCUUAUUCAUAUACGCCUACUGUUUGUAUUACUACUAUGCAAGAUCGGAUAUGUCAGGGUUCAUGCAGACGUCUUUCUUCUUUGGAUACAUGGCUUGCAUCUGCUACGGAUUCUUCCUCAUGCUUGGUGCAAUCGGUUUCCGUGCUUCGCUUUUCUUUGUCCGUCACAUUUACCGCUCCAUAAAGUGCGAGUAA